CAGGGAGAAAGGAUGCGCACUUCGCGUGGAAGUCGUGAGUCCUCCGUCGAGUCCCCAGCGACGGUUUUCGCAUCCGUCACAAUGAUCAACUCGUAGAAAAGUACAAGGGAGCUUGCGUGUGCGUUGAGGAAGGACGUUUCAAUGACACCCAAGAGAAGCAGAAGAGCAACGAAGAGAGAAGAAGCGAAAGAAAAAAGAAGAGAGAGGGAUGCGCAACUUCCUGCGCCUCAACCGCACUCAAAAGACGACAACCUGGUUCUGCGUGUCUUGUUCUCUCUCUCCUCUCUCUUCUCUCACUGCCUUUGGGGUCGUCUGCCUCUCAUCGCUCGACGAAAACAGCAUCGUUUUCCUCGCUGGUUUUGAAAGACUUACACUUCGCGGUCUUUCACCCGUUGCUCGUCCAUUCUUGUCGACUUUCCCUGGCGCUCAAUUGCGACAGCCUCUUCGCGCCUUCACGGUGUGCAAAAAAGCGGCCUCUCUCGCUUCGAUCCCCGACCUCGCUGUGUGCUCUACGCGCGUUUUUUCUCGGAACUGGCGUGAGGCCGCGCCGCCUUUCUUGUCUUCUUUUUUGUCGCGCCUUUUCCUCGUUUUCUCCCUCUCCACGUUCGUUUUCCUCUUUCUUCCUCGUCGUAAAGCCAAACGCCAAGGAACGCCUCCCGCGAAGUUUUUCCCCGGCGACAGUGUCUGGGCAACGCGACCGGCCGCCGCGAGUGUGGAGGCUCGGCGUGAGUGGUGAAAAAGACAAAAACGGAAAAAGAAAAAAAGUUUUUCGUUGGCGGCUUCUUUCUGCACCGACCCUUCUGCCAGUGGAACGGCGGAGAGAAAAGAGGAGAAACGCACGACGGAGAGGCGACAGAAAAAAAGGGGAAACCGACGCCGAGAGAAGAACA